AUGGGACAUCUGGAGAUAAUAGUAGUCCUAACAUGGAUAACAGUUUGCUAUACCGCAGACAACAAUGAGAAUAGAUAUGCUUUGACAGGGAGAAAUGUUGUGUUAGCUUCAUGUGACUUUAACAGAAAUGAAGAACCUUUCUGUAACUUCAGACAAGAUUUGGCAGACAACAGUGAUUGGACACGCCAUUUUGGACCGACCCCAACACCAAACACUGGACCUCCUGGAGACUAUCCCAAUGGCUCUGGAUAUUACAUAUACCACGAGGCUGACAAUGUCGCGAAUGGACAGAAGGCACGUCUACUCAGCCACACUAUUGACAAUGGACCUGCUGAGAUCUGUGUACAGUUCUACUACUAUAUGUACGGCUCUGACGACAAAAAUGCUCUAACUGUCCUGGCCAAACGUCCUAGCACUGAGGAAAAGUUAUGGCAGAAAAUCGGCAUACAAAGCCCAUCAUGGCUUGGGGCUUCUGUCACAGUGGCUAUUCCAGCUGGACAGACUGUUGAGAUUGUGUUUGAAGCAAUGCGAGGGCUUUCUUCAUCAUGUGACACUGGCCUGGAUAACAUUGUUAUAAGCGAGGGAGCCUGCCCAGGUUGUAUAGCUGGGUGUGAUUUUGAUGAAGAAGACUUCUGUGGCUGGACAAAUGUGGUACCUGAUGAGAUCUUUGGCUGGGAGUUUUGGAAUGGACCGACGGAGACACCAGGCACUGGCCCUGAUGAUGACUUUUCCAAACCAGGAUUUGGGAGGUUCCUUUUAAUGGACUCAUCUUAUAGCGUCGAAGGAGCUGCAGCUCAGCUCUGGAGCCCCACUACUUCACCCGUUUCUUCUGGUUGCCUCCAGCUAGACUUUUAUUACUACAUGUUCGGCAGUGCCUCCAACAUGGAGCUAAAUGUCCAUGCAGUCACAGCUGGUGGACCCCUGGGAGCCCCUAUUUUUACCCUCAAAGGAAAUCAAGGUCAAGGCUGGAAGCCAGCAAUGGUUCGCUACAUCGGUACGGCUGAUAUGCAGUUUGUAAUUGUUGGUGUUUUUGGUGAAACAGAAAAGACAGAUAUUGCAAUUGAUAGUCUUUGCAUUUCAUCUUGUGAAGUUACACAAUACACAUUUUAUGAUAAAACAUGUAUAAAAUAUGUGUUUUCGUACUUUGUUGUAGAUGAAAAUCCAUCAACUCCUAAACCAUCAACACUGCAACCUACUACACCUAAACCAUCUACACCGCAACAAAGUACACCUAAACCAUCUACACCGCAACAAAGUACACCUAAACCAUCAACACCGCAACCCACAACAACUAAACCAACUACUACUAAACCGCCACCAGCCACACCUACACCAUCAACACCUAAACCACCAACACCACAACACACAACACCUAAACCAACAACAGCAAGUCCAUCAACACCUAAACCUUCGACACCGCAAUCCACAACAACUACACCUACUACUACAAAACCACCCCCAGUGACAUGUCCCCCAGAUUCGGAGUACAUUGAAUGUGGUCCAGCCUGCAUUCCCAGCUGCAACAAGCCUUCCACUAACUGCAGCGGUUCAUGUAUCAGUGGCUGCUUCUGUAAACCAGGAUUUGUUUUCCGAGGCCGGCGCUGUGUUCCUAUUGAACAGUGUGGAUGUCUAGAUGAAGACAACAAUUACUUGGAGCCUGGUGAAAUUAUAUUUGGAAACGGCUGCUCCAAGUUGUGUCGCUGUGUUGGCAAUUACACUUUUGACUGUGUGGACAACAGCUGUGAUCCUGUGACAGAAGAAUGUCGGGAGGUUGGUGGAGUGCACGGAUGCUACCCUAAAGGAACCUCGACCUGUGUUUCCUCUGGUGACCCCCAUUACACCACCUUUGAUCAAAAGCGCUAUGACUUCAUGGGGAACUGCACCUACCUGAUGUCUGAGCUUUGUAACACCACAGAUGUGCCGUAUUUUGCUGUAUACACUGACAAUGAGAAUCGCUUCAACAAUCCUCGUAUCAGCUAUGUAAAAGCAGUUCAUGUUCAUGCUCUGGGAGUAAAAGUGUCUAUUCUGAAAGGAGGGAUUGUGCAGGUGAAUGGUACCAAUGUGAAUAUUCCUGUUACUCCUUUACCUGGUGUUGACAUUUUCAAGUCUGGCACACUAUACACUGUUGCAUUAAACUUUGGAGUAACUGUACGUUAUGAUGGAAACCACUAUAUGGAUAUUAAAGUUAUCAAAGACUAUGAGGACAAACUUUGUGGACUGUGUGGAGAUUACAAUGGAGACCAUAAAGAUGACUUCCGUACACCUACUGGUGAACUGGUCCAAAGCCCUAAAGACUUUGGUAACAGUUGGAACACAGACCCUGAGUGUGAUAAAACAGAUGUUGAUCCAUCUCCUGGGUGUACAGAUACUGAGCUGGACUUGUAUGAAGGACCCGCUUACUGUGGUAUCAUAUUGGACACCAAAGGUCCAUUUGCUGCUUGCCAUCCAAAAGUCAACCCCAAUGGUUUCUUCAAAGACUGUUUAUUUGAUGUGUGUGAGCUGGGUGGUGCUCAGUCUCCAUUGUGUGAAGCAAUAGAGGCGUAUGUCAACGAAUGUCAGCAACGUGGUGUCAUAAUUGGAUCCUGGAGGAACAGCACCUUCUGCCCUCUGAAAUGUCAAGACAAUAGUCACUUUGAUUCGUGCGUCCCAGUUUGUCAGCCGUCCUGUUUCCCAGUUCCACCAAAUCAGUGCAUUGGGCCUUGUUCUGAAGGAUGUUUGUGUGAUCCUGGGUAUGUCCUCAGUGCUGGACAGUGUGUGAAACAAGAUACAUGUGGCUGCAUUCGUAAUGGACAGUACUACCAGCCGGAUGAAGAGUUUUAUACUAAAGACUGUGAGCAACUGUGUAAGUGUGAGCCUCCAUUUGUUACCUGUAAUGCUGCAGACUGCCCCCCAAUGCAGCAAUGUGGUGUACAGGCUGGAGUCAUCAGCUGUUACCCAGAAGAUUUUCAAGAUUGUAUUAUCUCUGGUGACCCUCAUUAUAACACCUUUGAUGGGAAAUACUACAGCUUCAUGGGCACUUGCACCUACACUCUGGCACGUACCUGCAAAAACAACACUGGCCCCUGGUUCUCAGUUGAGGCCAAGAAUGAAGAGAGAGGAGUUUCUGGUGUUUCUUACCUGAGGAAACUCUAUGUGACUGUCAAUGGAGUCACUGUGACAAUGAUGAAAAGCAGGAAAACUCUGGUGAAUGGACAGAGGGUUUCACUUCCUCACUCCCCAUCUCCUCUCAUGUCUCUCUCUCUUGCUGGGCAAUAUGUUAUCCUCACAACAUCCUUCGGCCUGGAGGUGCAAUGGGAUGGCAACCAUUAUGCCAAGAUCAGUGUCCCGAGUUCCUACUACGAUCAGAUGUGUGGCCUGUGCGGUGACUAUGAUGGAAACCCCAAUAAUGACUUCACUAAGCCAGACGGCUCUCAAACCGACAGCUCAGAUCAGUUUGGAAACAGCUGGCAAACUGAUGAAGAUGAGGACAAAACGUGUAAGCCUGGCACUGGGCCUGACCCACCCUGUGAUCCUGAGCUGGAGGAUCUUGUGUCAAACCCAGAGAACUGUGGCAAAAUAAUUGACAACAAUGGCCCAUUUAGGGACUGUAUAAAGGUGGUGGAUCCACAGCCUUUCUUCCAGAAUUGUGUGUUUGAUAUGUGCCGUUAUCAGGGACAGCAGCAGAUGCUUUGUGAUCAGCUUCAAGCUUACACUGAUUCUUGCCUGAGUGCAGGUGCACCUGUCCAUCAAUGGAGGGAGCCAGACUUCUGCCCUCUGGUAUGCCCCCCAAACAGUCAUUACUCUAUCUGUGUGAGCUCGUGUCCAGAGACAUGUCUGGGUAUCAAUGGACCACCAGGCUGUAGUGAGAAGUGUGUAGAAGGCUGUGAAUGUAACGCUGGCUUCAUCUUAAGUGAUGACAAAUGUGUGCCUCUUAAAGACUGCGGCUGUGUCGACUCCUCGGGCUCUUACCACCCCGUGAAUGAUAACUGGUAUCUUGAGGGCUGUACACAGAAGUGUUCAUGUGAGGGUGGAGGAGUAAUUCAGUGUCAUAACACCAGCUGUUUGCCUACUGAGAUCUGCCAACUUCAGGAUGGAGACUAUGGCUGCAAACCUCUUGCCACACCUACACCAUCAACACCUAAACCACCAACACCACAACACACAACACCUAAACCAACAACAGCAAGUCCAUCAACACCUAAACCUUCGACACCGCAAUCCACAACAACUACACCUACUACUACAAAACCACCCCCAGUGACAUGUCCCCCAGAUUCGGAGUACAUUGAAUGUGGUCCAGCCUGCAUUCCCAGCUGCAACAAGCCUUCCACUAACUGCAGCGGUUCAUGUAUCAGUGGCUGCUUCUGUAAACCAGGAUUUGUUUUCCGAGGCCGGCGCUGUGUUCCUAUUGAACAGUGUGGAUGUCUAGAUGAAGACAACAAUUACUUGGAGCCUGGUGAAAUUAUAUUUGGAAACGGCUGCUCCAAGUUGUGUCGCUGUGUUGGCAAUUACACUUUUGACUGUGUGGACAACAGCUGUGAUCCUGUGACAGAAGAAUGUCGGGAGGUUGGUGGAGUGCACGGAUGCUACCCUAAAGGAACCUCGACCUGUGUUUCCUCUGGUGACCCCCAUUACACCACCUUUGAUCAAAAGCGCUAUGACUUCAUGGGGAACUGCACCUACCUGAUGUCUGAGCUUUGUAACACCACAAAUGUGCCGUAUUUUGCUGUAUACACUGACAAUGAGAAUCGCUUCAACAAUCCUCGUAUCAGCUAUGUAAAAGCAGUUCAUGUUCAUGCUCUGGGAGUAAAAGUGUCUAUUCUGAAAGGAGGGAUUGUGCAGGUGAAUGGUACCAAUGUGAAUAUUCCUGUUACUCCUGUACCUGGUGUUGACAUUUUCAAGUCUGGCACACUAUACACUGUUGCAUUAAACUUUGGAGUAACUGUACGUUAUGAUGGAAACCACUAUAUGGAUAUUAAAGUUAUCAAAGACUAUGAGGACAAACUUUGUGGACUGUGUGGAGAUUACAAUGGAGACCAUAAAGAUGACUUCCGUACACCUACUGGUGAACUGGUCCAAAGCCCUAAAGACUUUGGUAACAGUUGGAACACAGACCCUGAGUGUGAUAAAACAGAUGUUGAUCCAUCUCCUGGGUGUACAGAUACUGAGCUGGACUUGUAUGAAGGACCCGCUUACUGUGGUAUCAUAUUGGACACCAAAGGUCCAUUUGCUGCUUGCCAUCCAAAAGUCAACCCCAAUGGUUUCUUCAAAGACUGUUUAUUUGAUGUGUGUGAGCUGGAUGGUGCUCAGUCUCCAUUGUGUGAAGCUAUAGAGGCGUAUAUCAACGAAUGUCAGCAACGUGGUGUCAUAAUUGGAUCCUGGAGGAACAGCACCUUCUGCCCUCUGAAAUGUCAAGAAAAUAGUCACUUUGAUUCGUGCGUCCCUGUUUGUCAGCCGUCCUGUUUCCCAGUUCCACCAAAUCAGUGCAUUGGGCCUUGUUCUGAAGGAUGUUUGUGUGAUCCUGGGUAUGUCCUCAGUGCUGGACAGUGUGUGAAACAAGAUACAUGUGGCUGCAUUCGUAACGGACAGUACUACCAGCCGGAUGAAGAGUUUUAUACUAAAGACUGUGAGCAACUGUGUAAGUGUGAGCCUCCAUUUGUUACCUGUAAUGCCGCAGACUGCCCCCCAAUGCAGCAAUGUGGUGUACAGGGUGGAGUCAUCAGCUGUUACCCAGAAGAUUCUCAAGAUUGUAUUAUCUCUGGUGACCCUCAUUAUAACACCUUUGAUGGGAAAUACUACAGCUUCAUGGGCACUUGCACCUACACUCUGGCACGUACCUGCAAAAACAACACUGGCCCCUGGUUCUCAGUUGAGGCCAAGAAUGAAGAGAGAGGAGUUUCUGGUGUUUCUUACCUGAGGAAACUCUAUGUGACUGUCAAUGGAGUCACUGUGACAAUGAUGAAAAGCAGGAAAACUCUGGUGAAUGGACAGAGGGUUUCACUUCCUCACUCCCCAUCUCCUCUCAUGUCUCUCUCUCUUGCUGGGCAAUAUGUUAUCCUCACAACAUCCUUCGGCCUGGAGGUGCAAUGGGAUGGCAACCAUUAUGCCAAGAUCAGUGUCCCGAGUUCCUACUACGAUCAGAUGUGUGGCCUGUGCGGUGACUAUGAUGGAAACCCCAAUAAUGACUUCACUAAGCCAGACGGCUCUCUAACCGACAGCUCAGAUCAGUUUGGAAACAGCUGGCAAACUGAUGAAGAUGAGGACAAAACGUGUAAGCCUGGCACUGGGCCUGACCCACCCUGUGAUCCUGAGCUGGAGGAUCUUGUGUCAAACCCAGAGAACUGUGGCAAAAUAAUUGACAACAAUGGCCCAUUUAGGGACUGUAUAAAGGUGGUGGAUCCACAGCCUUUCUUCCAGAAUUGUGUGUUUGAUAUGUGCCGUUAUCAGGGACAGCAGCAGAUGCUUUGUGAUCAGCUUCAAGCUUACACUGAUUCUUGCCUGAGUGCAGGUGCACCUGUCCAUCAAUGGAGGGAGCCAGACUUCUGCCCUCUGGUAUGCCCCCCAAACAGUCAUUACUCUAUCUGUGUGAGCUCGUGUCCAGAGACAUGUCUGGGUAUCAAUGGACCACCAGGCUGUAGUGAGAAGUGUGUAGAAGGCUGUGAAUGUAACGCUGGCUUCAUCUUAAGUGAUGACAAAUGUGUGCCUCUUAAAGACUGCGGCUGUGUCGACUCCUCGGGCUCUUACCACCCCGUGAAUGAUAACUGGUAUCUUGAGGGCUGUACACAGAAGUGUUCAUGUGAGGGUGGAGGAGUAAUUCAGUGUCAUAACACCAGCUGUUUGCCUACUGAGAUCUGCCAACUUCAGGAUGGAGACUAUGGCUGCAAACCUCUUGUGACAUGUCCCCCAGAUUCGGAGUACAUUGAAUGUGGUCCAGCCUGCAUUCCCAGCUGCAACAAGCCUUCCACUAACUGCAGCGGUUCAUGUAUCAGUGGCUGCUUCUGUAAACCAGGAUUUGUUUUCCGAGGCCGGCGCUGUGUUCCUAUUGAACAGUGUGGAUGUCUAGAUGAAGACAACAAUUACUUGGAGCCUGGUGAAAUUAUAUUUGGAAACGGCUGCUCCAAGUUGUGUCGCUGUGUUGGCAAUUACACUUUUGACUGUGUGGACAACAGCUGUGAUCCUGUGACAGAAGAAUGUCGGGAGGUUGGUGGAGUGCACGGAUGCUACCCUAAAGGAACCUCGACCUGUGUUUCCUCUGGUGACCCCCAUUACACCACCUUUGAUCAAAAGCGCUAUGACUUCAUGGGGAACUGCACCUACCUGAUGUCUGAGCUUUGUAACACCACAAAUGUGCCGUAUUUUGCUGUAUACACUGACAAUGAGAAUCGCUUCAACAAUCCUCGUAUCAGCUAUGUAAAAGCAGUUCAUGUUCAUGCUCUGGGAGUAAAAGUGUCUAUUCUGAAAGGAGGGAUUGUGCAGGUGAAUGGUACCAAUGUGAAUAUUCCUGUUACUCCUGUACCUGGUGUUGACAUUUUCAAGUCUGGCACACUAUACACUGUUGCAUUAAACUUUGGAGUAACUGUACGUUAUGAUGGAAACCACUAUAUGGAUAUUAAAGUUAUCAAAGACUAUGAGGACAAACUUUGUGGACUGUGUGGAGAUUACAAUGGAGACCAUAAAGAUGACUUCCGUACACCUACUGGUGAACUGGUCCAAAGCCCUAAAGACUUUGGUAACAGUUGGAACACAGACCCUGAGUGUGAUAAAACAGAUGUUGAUCCAUCUCCUGGGUGUACAGAUACUGAGCUGGACUUGUAUGAAGGACCCGCUUACUGUGGUAUCAUAUUGGACACCAAAGGUCCAUUUGCUGCUUGCCAUCCAAAAGUCAACCCCAAUGGUUUCUUCAAAGACUGUUUAUUUGAUGUGUGUGAGCUGGAUGGUGCUCAGUCUCCAUUGUGUGAAGCUAUAGAGGCGUAUAUCAACGAAUGUCAGCAACGUGGUGUCAUAAUUGGAUCCUGGAGGAACAGCACCUUCUGCCCUCUGAAAUGUCAAGAAAAUAGUCACUUUGAUUCGUGCGUCCCUGUUUGUCAGCCGUCCUGUUUCCCAGUUCCACCAAAUCUGUGCAUUGGGCCUUGUUCUGAAGGAUGUUUGUGUGAUCCUGGGUAUGUCCUCAGUGCUGGACAGUGUGUGAAACAAGAUACAUGUGGCUGCAUUCGUAACGGACAGUACUACCAGCCGGAUGAAGAGUUUUAUACUAAAGACUGUGAGCAACUGUGUAAGUGUGAGCCUCCAUUUGUUACCUGUAAUGCCGCAGACUGCCCCCCAAUGCAGCAAUGUGGUGUACAGGGUGGAGUCAUCAGCUGUUACCCAGAAGAUUCUCAAGAUUGUAUUAUCUCUGGUGACCCUCAUUAUAACACCUUUGAUGGGAAAUACUACAGCUUCAUGGGCACUUGCACCUACACUCUGGCACGUACCUGCAAAAACAACACUGGCCCCUGGUUCUCAGUUGAGGCCAAGAAUGAAGAGAGAGGAGUUUCUGGUGUUUCUUACCUGAGGAAACUCUAUGUGACUGUCAAUGGAGUCACUGUGACAAUGAUGAAAAGCAGGAAAACUCUGGUGAAUGGACAGAGGGUUUCACUUCCUCACUCCCCAUCUCCUCUCAUGUCUCUCUCUCUUGCUGGGCAAUAUGUUAUCCUCACAACAUCCUUCGGCCUGGAGGUGCAAUGGGAUGGCAACCAUUAUGCCAAGAUCAGUGUCCCGAGUUCCUACUACGAUCAGAUGUGUGGCCUGUGCGGUGACUAUGAUGGAAACCCCAAUAAUGACUUCACUAAGCCAGACGGCUCUCUAACCGACAGCUCAGAUCAGUUUGGAAACAGCUGGCAAACUGAUGAAGAUGAGGACAAAACGUGUAAGCCUGGCACUGGGCCUGACCCACCCUGUGAUCCUGAGCUGGAGGAUCUUGUGUCAAACCCAGAGAACUGUGGCAAAAUAAUUGACAACAAUGGCCCAUUUAGGGACUGUAUAAAGGUGGUGGAUCCACAGCCUUUCUUCCAGAAUUGUGUGUUUGAUAUGUGCCGUUAUCAGGGACAGCAGCAGAUGCUUUGUGAUCAGCUUCAAGCUUACACUGAUUCUUGCCUGAGUGCAGGUGCACCUGUCCAUCAAUGGAGGGAGCCAGACUUCUGCCCUCUGGUAUGCCCCCCAAACAGUCAUUACUCUAUCUGUGUGAGCUCGUGUCCAGAGACAUGUCUGGGUAUCAAUGGACCACCAGGCUGUAGUGAGAAGUGUGUAGAAGGCUGUGAAUGUAACGCUGGCUUCAUCUUAAGUGAUGACAAAUGUGUGCCUCUUAAAGACUGCGGCUGUGUCGACUCCUCGGGCUCUUACCACCCCGUGAAUGAUAACUGGUAUCUUGAGGGCUGUACACAGAAGUGUUCAUGUGAGGGUGGAGGAGUAAUUCAGUGUCAUAACACCAGCUGUUUGCCUACUGAGAUCUGCCAACUUCAGGAUGGAGACUAUGGCUGCAAACCUCUUGUGACAUGUCCCCCAGAUUCGGAGUACAUUGAAUGUGGUCCAGCCUGCAUUCCCAGCUGCAACAAGCCUUCCACUAACUGCAGCGGUUCAUGUAUCAGUGGCUGCUUCUGUAAACCAGGAUUUGUUUUCCGAGGCCGGCGCUGUGUUCCUAUUGAACAGUGUGGAUGUCUAGAUGAAGACAACAAUUACUUGGAGCCUGGUGAAAUUAUAUUUGGAAACGGCUGCUCCAAGUUGUGUCGCUGUGUUGGCAAUUACACUUUUGACUGUGUGGACAACAGCUGUGAUCCUGUGACAGAAGAAUGUCGGGAGGUUGGUGGAGUGCACGGAUGCUACCCUAAAGGAACCUCGACCUGUGUUUCCUCUGGUGACCCCCAUUACACCACCUUUGAUCAAAAGCGCUAUGACUUCAUGGGGAACUGCACCUACCUGAUGUCUGAGCUUUGUAACACCACAAAUGUGCCGUAUUUUGCUGUAUACACUGACAAUGAGAAUCGCUUCAACAAUCCUCGUAUCAGCUAUGUAAAAGCAGUUCAUGUUCAUGCUCUGGGAGUAAAAGUGUCUAUUCUGAAAGGAGGGAUUGUGCAGGUGAAUGGUACCAAUGUGAAUAUUCCUGUUACUCCUGUACCUGGUGUUGACAUUUUCAAGUCUGGCACACUAUACACUGUUGCAUUAAACUUUGGAGUAACUGUACGUUAUGAUGGAAACCACUAUAUGGAUAUUAAAGUUAUCAAAGACUAUGAGGACAAACUUUGUGGACUGUGUGGAGAUUACAAUGGAGACCAUAAAGAUGACUUCCGUACACCUACUGGUGAACUGGUCCAAAGCCCUAAAGACUUUGGUAACAGUUGGAACACAGACCCUGAGUGUGAUAAAACAGAUGUUGAUCCAUCUCCUGGGUGUACAGAUACUGAGCUGGACUUGUAUGAAGGACCCGCUUACUGUGGUAUCAUAUUGGACACCAAAGGUCCAUUUGCUGCUUGCCAUCCAAAAGUCAACCCCAAUGGUUUCUUCAAAGACUGUUUAUUUGAUGUGUGUGAGCUGGAUGGUGCUCAGUCUCCAUUGUGUGAAGCAAUAGAGGCGUAUAUCAACGAAUGUCAGCAACGUGGUGUCAUAAUUGGAUCCUGGAGGAACAGCACCUUCUGCCCUCUGAAAUGUCAAGACAAUAGUCACUUUGAUUCGUGCGUCCCAGUUUGUCAGCCGUCCUGUUUCCCAGUUCCACCAAAUCUGUGCAUUGGGCCUUGUUCUGAAGGAUGUUUGUGUGAUCCUGGGUAUGUCCUCAGUGCUGGACAGUGUGUGAAACAAGAUACAUGUGGCUGCAUUCUUAAUGGACAGUACUACCAGCCGGAUGAAGAGUUUUAUACUAAAGACUGUGAGCAACUGUGUAAGUGUGAGCCUCCAUUUGUUACCUGUAAUGCUGCAGACUGCCCCCCAAUGCAGCAAUGUGGUGUACAGGGUGGAGUCAUCAGCUGUUACCCAGAAGAUUCUCAAGAUUGUAUUAUCUCUGGUGACCCUCAUUAUAACACCUUUGAUGGGAAAUACUACAGCUUCAUGGGCACUUGCACCUACACUCUGGCACGUACCUGCAAAAACAACACUGGCCCCUGGUUCUCAGUUGAGGCCAAGAAUGAAGAGAGAGGAGUUUCUGGUGUUUCUUACCUGAGGAAACUCUAUGUGACUGUCAAUGGAGUCACUGUGACAAUGAUGAAAAGCAGGAAAACUCUGGUGAAUGGACAGAGGGUUUCACUUCCUCACUCCCCAUCUCCUCUCAUGUCUCUCUCUCUUGCUGGGCAAUAUGUUAUCCUCACAACAUCCUUCGGCCUGGAGGUGCAAUGGGAUGGCAACCAUUAUGCCAAGAUCAGUGUCCCGAGUUCCUACUACGAUCAGAUGUGUGGCCUGUGCGGUGACUAUGAUGGAAACCCCAAUAAUGACUUCACUAAGCCAGACGGCUCUCUAACCGACAGCUCAGAUCAGUUUGGAAACAGCUGGCAAACUGAUGAAGAUGAGGACAAAACGUGUAAGCCUGGCACUGGGCCUGACCCACCCUGUGAUCCUGAGCUGGAGGAUCUUGUGUCAAACCCAGAGAACUGUGGCAAAAUAAUUGACAACAAUGGCCCAUUCAGGGACUGUAUAAAGGUGGUGGAUCCACAGCCUUUCUUCCAGAAUUGUGUGUUUGAUAUGUGCCGUUAUCAGGGACAGCAGCAGAUGCUUUGUGAUCAGCUUCAAGCUUACACUGAUUCUUGCCUGAGUGCAGGUGCACCUGUCCAUCAAUGGAGGGAGCCAGACUUCUGCCCUCUGGUAUGCCCCCCAAACAGUCAUUACUCUAUCUGUGUGAGCUCGUGUCCAGAGACAUGUCUGGGUAUCAAUGGACCACCAGGCUGUAGUGAGAAGUGUGUAGAAGGCUGUGAAUGUAACGCUGGCUUCAUCUUAAGUGAUGACAAAUGUGUGCCUCUUAAAGACUGCGGCUGUGUCGACUCCUCGGGCUCUUACCACCCCGUGAAUGAUAACUGGUAUCUUGAGGGCUGUACACAGAAGUGUUCAUGUGAGGGUGGAGGAGUAAUUCAGUGUUAUAACACCAGCUGUUUGCCUACUGAGAUCUGCCAACUUCAGGAUGGAGACUAUGGCUGCAAACCUCUUGAUACAGGCAUUUGUUCGGUCUCUGGUGACCCUCAUUACACUUCCUUUGAUAAGAAAGUACAUCAUUUCAUGGGCGCCUGCUCCUACACUCUCACAAAGCCUUGUAAUGAGACCUCCAGCUUGCCUUACUUUUCUGUUGAGACACAGAACGAGCACAGAGACAAUAAUAAGAAAGUGUCUUACGUAAGAUCUGUUCUCAUCCAUGUCUACGAUAUGAAGCUCAUUUUGGGCAAGGGCCGUACAGUUCAGGUGAAUGGAGUUCAGGUCACUGUGCCUGUCAAACUUCAUAAUGAAGUUACGAUCUUCCUCAGUGGCAAAUUUGUGGUGUUGAACACAGAGUUUGGAUUACGUGUCCGCUUUGAUGGAAAUCAUCAUGCUGAUGUUACACUUCCUUCCUCUUACAGCGGGAUGUUAUGUGGACUUUGUGGAAACUAUAAUGGUAAUCCAAAUGAUGACAACAUCAAGUCAGAUGGUAAACCAACCGACAGCACCAAUGAACUUGGAGAAAGCUGGCAGGUGCCUGAUGACAGACCUAAUUGUUCUCAUGGUGGCGGAGACAUUGAAUGUGAUGAUAAAAUCCAGAACGAAGCACAGAAACCUACCAGCUGUGGCAUGAUCACUGACCCCCAAGGAAUCUUCGAGCCAUGUCACGCAGUGGUGCCUCCCAACCCUUACUUUGAGAACUGUGUGUUUGAUCAGUGUGGCACCGGCGGCAGUGCGGUGGCGCUGUGCCAAGCUAUUGAAAGCUAUGCUGACUUGUGUGCUGUAGCUGGAGUGCCAAUUAACUGGAGAAAUAACACCUUCUGCCCUAUUAAGUGUCUGGCUGGUAGUCACUAUGAGCCAUGCGGUUCAGCGUGCCCGGCUAGUUGUCAGGACCCUGGAUCUCAAGGCAACUGUUCUGAGCCUUGUGUUGAGGGAUGUGUGUGUGACACUGGUUUAGUACUCAGUGGAGAUAAAUGUGUGGCCUUCGGCGAGUGUGGCUGCACUGACAUAGACAACAACUACAGACCUGUUGGGGACAGCUGGUUCACCAAAGAUGACUGCACAGAGCGCUGUGUGUGUUCACCUUUCAAUACUGUGACUUGUGAGGCAUGGGAAUGUGGUCCUGCUCAGGAAUGUAAGGUCAAUGAAGGUCAACUGGGCUGCGUGAACACAGGAGUGGGCAUUUGUCACAUCGCUGGUGAUCCUCACUACUACACCUUUGAUGGCAUUAUGCACACCUACAUGGGUACCUGCACUUACACACUUGUGGCGAUAUGCAAUAGCUCCAUGGUGACGCCUUUCACCAUAGUUGCUAAGAACGAAGAACGCGGCCUGCCGGAAGCUUCGUAUGUCCGCUCUGUGACUGUCUACCUGCCCAAUGCCAACAUAACUCUCAGCAAGAGUGGCAGAGUAUUGCUUAAUGAACGUAGGAUAAAGACCCCCUAUGACAUCACUCAGGCCAAAGCACGAGUGUUUACUAGUGGAGUAAACAUCGUGCUUGACACUGACUUUGGUCUGGUUGUCAAGUUUGAUGGCGUGCACCACAUCGAAAUCACAGUGCCUGGAGACUAUUUCAACAAGGUGUGUGGUAUGUGCGGUAACUACAACGGAGAUUCCUCUGACGAUUAUUUGAUGCCCAAUGGCAAUCCCGCCAAAGAUGUUAUAGAGCUUGGUAACAGCUGGAAGGCGGAAGGAGAUAGCGAUCCUGGCUGCCAACCUGAUCCACGACCUGAUCUCAAUCCCAACUGUGAUGAGGACGACGAUGAAAUCUACAAGUCACAGUGUGCAGAGCCAAUCCUGUCCGAUCGCUUCAAGCCCUGUCACUCUCUCAUUCCUCCAGAGGCCUUCCUAGGCAACUGCAUUUAUGACAUGUGUGAAUACGAUGGCAUGCAGUCCACGCUUUGCGAUAAUGUUGAGGCGUACGCACAGGCCUGUCAAAGCGCCGGAGUCACGAUCAGCUGGAGGAACAACACCUACUGCCCUCUCCCAUGCCCUUCAAACAGUCACUAUUCUGACUGUGCGGUGCCAUGUCCACCCACUUGUGCUGAUCUCUUUCCCAUAUUCUGCCCGUUGCCGCCCAACAGCUGUGUCGAAGGCUGUCAGUGUGAUGCGGGUUUUGUGUUAAGUGAUGGCAAGUGUGUCCCACUAGCAAGCUGUGGAUGUGUUGACAGAAAUGGAGAAUAUCAUGAUGUGGGAGAUUCGUGGCUAUCUGAGUACUGCAGCGAGCAGUGCAGCUGCAACCUUGGAGGGGUGCUGUCCUGUAAGCAAUUCGAAUGUGACGAGAACUCGAUCUGUGGUUUGGACAGUGAUGGAGACCUCUACUGCAAACCUGAAAAAUUCGAUGACUGCAAUAUUGCUGGAGACCCUCACUAUCGCACCUUUGACAAAUUUAAUCACCAUUAUCAAGGACCAUAUACCUAUGUAUUAACCCAAAGCAACAAUCCACUCAGCAAUCUCACACCUUUCACUGUCCGUGGCAAAAAUCAGCGGCGAGGAGGUCUGAGUCGGGUGUCCCUCCUGCAUGAGGUCUAUGUGGAGGUGUAUGGCAUUACUGUUCGCAUGUUGCAGAAGAAGAAAGUGCUGAUCAACGGUGAACAGAUUUCCCCACCCUACUCUCCUACACGGGGCAUUAGCAUAAAAACAAAGUCUCGCUUUGUUACGCUCUCAACUGACUUCGGCCUUUCUGUGCGCUUUGAUGGCAAUACCCAAGCAGUGGUGACUCUGCCCAGUAUGUACAAAUCCCGUGUGCUUGGAUUGUGUGGAAAUUAUGAUGGACGCACCAAUAAUGAGUACACAAAACCAGAUGGGACAAUUGUCCGCAACCUCAAUGAGUUUGGAAACAGCUGGAGAGUGAAUGAUAAACAAGAGAUGCGCAUUCAAACUACAUCCAUACCAAAAGUGGUGCAUCUGCACAAGCGUGAAGUGGAGGCAGAUCCAGAUUCAGGUUUUGAGACGACAGGCUGCACUGAAGCUCAGCUGGCUGAACUGAAUGGGAAUAAACAAUGCAGGGCCCUCAGUGACCCCACAGGUCCUUUUGCUGCUUGUAAUGCUAUGAUUCCUCCAGACUUGUUUGAAGAGGAUUGCUUGUUUGACCUGUGCGCAGAGCAGGGCAGUGAAGUGCUCCGGUGUGAAAAUUACGCUGUCUACGCUCGAGCUUGCCAAGAUGAGGGGGUCAAACUGGCACCAUGGCGACAGCAGCUUGGAUGUGCUCUAGAAUGUGGGCCGAACAGCAACUAUUCCACCUGCAUGACACCAUGCCCGGCAUCCUGUGCAGACCUGGCAGCCCCCUCAGUGUGUGAACAGACAGUUUGUGUGGAGGGAUGUCAGUGCGCUCCGGGCUUUACUCUGAGCGAAAACGACUGUGUGCCUUUCAACCAGUGCGGAUGCACAUACCUUGGCCGCUACUAUACGCUGAUGGAGACGUUUGUGACAGAGGAUUGUUCACAGAGUUGUGAAUGUACCGCCACUGGUGCUGUGUGCCAACCAAAUGCCUGUGGAGACAUGGAGAUCUGCUCUGUGUUUGAUACCAAACGUGACUGUUAUAAAGUGAGUCCAUGUUUGAGUUCACCCUGUCUAAAUGACGGAACCUGUGUUGAGACAUCAGAUGAUUCUGGGUACAUCUGCAAUUGUGCCGAGGGUUUUGAGGGCAAAGACUGUGAAAUCUUUAAAACCCCCUCUGAUGACGGCUUAGAUAAAACAAGUAUUAUUUUGAUUGGAGUCUUUGUUCCACUUGGCAUCAUCCUUAUAAUCACAGCGACUGCUUGCAUUUGCAAGAGAUGCAGCCACAAAAAGAGGAGUUCCGAUUCAAAGAAACUUGAGCUGAAGAAAACAGAUCAUCCGUAUGAAAACUUGGAUUCCGAUAAAAACCAGCAGACUGACAAAGGUGUGCUAACAUCGACAUCAUUUUGAAGAUGUUUUCGACAUUGAUUUGCCGAAUAUGCUAACCUUUUUUAUCUAUAUUUAUUGAUGUCUUUAUGUGCAGUAACAGGAAAAUCCUAAUUUUCUGUUAAUAUUGUUUAGGUUCUGUAAUUUAUUUCUAGACUUUUUUGUAAUUUUUUAUGUGAAUUGUGUCAUGAUUGGGUGAAUAAAUAUAAUGAUUACAUGUAUGUGACUAUCUAAAAAUAACUUAUAUUUUCUGUGAUUAAGAAACAAAUAAAGAAGACAUCUUAUGCCCUGACUGCAUUUAUUAAACCUUUUUUGUUCAAGUGCAACUAUCCAAUAAUCAACACCACACACUCUCAUCUCAUAGAAUCAUAUCAUCUAUGAACACUUGUGAGUUUAAACAGUGAUGUAAUCACAGCAUUCAUUCAGGCCAUUACAUGGAAGAAAAAAAUGAACAUUGUCUUGCUUCAUCAGUUUUCGAGAUGACUAAGGAGUGCCAAAAUAAAAUUCCCUAAGAAAAGUUCUUGGCACUUUAAUAAUGUCAAUCAUACAAUA